GUGUGGUAAGAAUGACAGACCCACAAGUACAAGAACAGCUGAAAGGCUUUCAGUCUUCAGCGCUUUCUUCAUAAAGCAAUAACUGCUGAGCAAAUCUGAGCAACCGCUGAGCAAAAGAUGGAACCUUCUACAAAAACCCUGGCAGAGGGCUGCUUUGGGAAAGUGUAUAAGCAAAAGUAUGGCAGCACCUGGGCCGCGAUGAAGAAAGUGCCUGUGCACUUGAUCACUAAGGACCAGCUAACCAGAGAGCUCCGUGUUUAUGAGAAGGCACAACACAAAAACGUGGUGAGGCUCCUCGGGAGUCCAUGGCUGCAAGACGGAAAGUGGCACAUUCCUCUGGAGUUCAUCUUUGGAGAGGAUCUUGAGACGGCCAUAUUUAACAUACAGAAAUCUAAAAUACAGCUGACCCCGUCAGUGAAGGCCACCAUCAUCACUGGUAUGUGUGAAGGCUUGAACUUUCUGCACAGCAAAGACAUCGUCCACCAGGAUCUCAAACCAGACAACAUCAUGAUUGAGCAUGGAUCUCAUCGCGCUGUGAUCAUUGACAUGGGUCUGGCAAAAUUCUUCAAAAAUGGCUUAAGCUCUGCCGCAAAUAUGGGCAACGAGGCCUACUCUGCUCCUGAGAUCUGGCAAUGGAAAGCUCGAGACAAGCGUUCAGACGUGUGGGCCAUGGGCAAAAUCAUUGCCGAACUCUGCGCAAGGGUCAGGCUUCCAACCCAUGGUGUGACUCCCAUCAAGAUUAAAGACACUCUGAAGGACAAUCCAUACUGUAGUGUUGUGUCCAGGAUGGUGGUGGCCAAUGCAGCAGAGAGAGCCACCAUGGCUGGAGUGAUUGGCGAGAUCCGGCAAAUUGAGGCAGGAGCAAGGAGACCAAACCCAGGUUUGGGUGUACAAGGGGGUGCCUGGGGACCAGCUUUUGAUCUUGGGGCGAGGAGAAAAUGGGGCCCCCUGAGCCCUUUCCCACCAGAAGUAAAACACCUUGAAACACCUGCUAUACACAUGCACCAUAGCCCAUUUCCACAACCUCUACCUUUAUUUAAUGUUUCCGGAAACGCAAUGGCCAAUAUGUUCCAACCGAUGCCCUUUCCUUGUCCUUUACCAACAGAUGGAAUGGUGGUUAAUCAUCAUGAGCUAGAGUUUAAACAAAUAGUCAAAAGGAAUGGCCAGGUUGUUAAGUAUGAAGAGGUGAAAAUUACCAAGUAAACAAUAAGUCAAGAAGUCAUAUAGAAAUGACUUAAUGGUAUGAUGAUUUGCAGUUUGCUGGGUGGUGAGUUAGAGUUUUUAAGUGUUUACUUGUUUUUUCCACUAUUUUCCUCGAGAAAAUAAUAUAUACCUGUAAGUGUUGGGUAAAUGUGGGGAAAAAUAUUACUUUUGAAAAAUACAGUGAAUAAUAAACAUCUUCUGAAACAUAACUGGAUCAUAAAUAUGUUAAACUGUAAAAUCACUGGAAAGAGUGGGAACGUGUACUAAGAGAAUAGAUUCAAGGUGGUGGAUAUAUUAUGUAAUGAUAAUAUCAUAACCAAUAAAAGUAAACAGUGAUUUUGGUCAUGCCAUACCAUAUGAUGUGACAAAAUAAAUAACACACCUUAUGUCUUGUAUAUUUUUUCCAGUUCUAAAACUAUACCUGUACAGAAAUAGCAUGUAACAUAAUAGCAUAUGAUGUGUCUAUGUGGUGAAUGUGCUAUGCUAAAUAUUUAAUGUGUGUUAAUCUUCUUCUUGUGCUGUAUCAUACAUAGUUUUACACAAUGGCUACUGUGUGUCAAUGGUUUUUUUCUCGUCCUCAUGGCCGCAACAACAAUGGCCAAGUUGAACCCUGUUUAUGAGAAGUGUUAUUGAAAAAAUAAACUGCAAUGGAAUCAAUGAAA